AUGGGUGCUGCAGUGCGAGCAGCGGCACCUGCGCGUGGUAAAUCUCAAGGUUUUGCUAAGAAAACUGGUACAUCUUCAGGUUUUACUAGGAAGAAAAUUUCUCCAGGCAGCUUGUACAAGAAUUGGACUGACACUGUGCACACUGCCCGUCUAAAUAGCAACGCAGUGAAUUUGAAUUUGCCAAUCAUGAAGUCGCAAGAUAUCUCUGAAAACUUAAAUAAGGUCACUUAUUUUGCUGAUACUACUUAUAAGACUCUGCAUCAUUUAGGUUCAUUCAGGAAAGAUCAGCGCAACGAGUUAUUUCCAAAGCCAAUAUCUCUAGUUCGUGAAUCAACCACUAAGAAGCUAAUUGACGAGCUAAAGAAUGGCACAUCUAAGAAACUAAUAAUAACCGGUGAACCUGGUGUUGGUAAAUCUGUUUUAUUGAGUCAAGUUCAUGCCUAUGGUCUGGAAUCAAAUAUGCUCCUAAUUAAUAUCUCCUACCCAGAAAGUUUCCUAAACGGCAGAAACGACUUUAUGUUUGACGAGUCUUUGAAGCUUUAUACUCAGCCAAUGUACACAAAGGAACUGAUAAGAAAAAUCUUGAAAGCAAACAAACCCGAAGUCCUGGAAAAGAUACCUUUAACCAAGAACUAUAAGUUUACCGGAGCUAAUAGCAAAGAUAGUGGUCAUACUGCAACUAUACAAUUGAAAGAAGGCCAACACACAUUAUCCAAUUUACUUUCAGUUAAAGCCAACCCACAAAAUGUAGGUAUUCAAUUCCAAGCUGUUAUGGAAGAAUUGCUUGCUCAAGAAAAGGUCCCUGUGCUUUUUACCAUCGACAACUUUUCCAGAUUCCUAACUAAGGCAUACACUGAUUACAGAAAUGUCAAAAAUCAACAAAUAUAUUCUUUACAAUUCCAACUGGGUAAGACCAUUAUGGAUAUUAUCUCAGGUGAUAGUCGAUUCAAGAAUAAGAGAAGUGCUUUUGUUGCUGCAAUCUCAGGAGUAGACAGAACUAAUAAGACGUUACCUGUUGGACUAGGUAAACUUGAGGAAGACCCAUAUGUCACCAGAUACCAUUAUGAGAAAAAGUUUGCGGAUCUACUGAAGCGUGGCAGAGUCGAAGAGUUUGAAGUUCCAAAAUGGUCAAAGGAAGAGAUUAGAACACUGAUCAACUUUUAUCGGGACUCUGGAAUCAUCUCAGGUAAAGAACUAGAUUCUAAAACACCUGAACAAUAUACUGAUGAAAAGUAUUUCGUUAGUGGUAACGGUAAUCCUAGAGAACUCUUGAAAAGCAUAGCUCUAUCUUACCGUUAG